UCAGCAUCUAUCGCAGAUUCUGGCAUCUUCGAAUGUACUGCAAAAAAUCCGUUCGGAUCGACAAAAGCUUCUGGGGAGCUUGUCGUUCGUCGGAGAACUGUCAUCACGUUGCCACCGAUAGACACUCGUGUCUAUGAGGAUCAGGUCGUCAAGUUCGUUUGCACAGCAGACACUGAUCCCAUGGAAUUGGAAAAUCUAAAGAUCAUCUGGUUCAAGGAUGAAAACCUCAUUGAUCCGCACAGAACGCCUCGCAUUCAGGCAAAUUGGUUCGACUAUUCAUUAGUGGUUGGCGGGGCUCAACCUAGAGACACUGGACAGUACCGCUGCAACGCGACGAACGGCAUCGACUGGGCAGCUGCCACGGCUUCACUUUUAGUUCAAGGUGCUUUUCAACAGUUGGUAACGUUUUAA